CCCAAGGUGAAAAUAAGAAGCCAGCGAAGAGAAGAAAAGUCCUUCCAGACCCGACAUCCCCUCGAGCUCACCCGUGGAGCGAGGGCGGGAAGACAGCUCCGGGCCGGCCCACAGAUCCUCAGAGGGCGCGGACCCGGAGGAGGCGCCCCGGCAGGCCGCGCCUCUCGGAGGAAGUUUGCCCUUUAAUUGCACAGCCCGGAUCGCCGUCGCACCAACUUCCAGGAGCUGGCAGCGGGCGCCGACGGGAGUGUCCGUCUCUCCCGCCCGGGCAGCCGCGGCGCUCCGCAUCCUCCGGCACCGUCACCAUGGGCGGCUCGGCCUCCAGCCAGCUGGACGAGAGCAAGUGCGCCUACAUCCGAGGGAAAACUGAGGCAGCCAUCAAAAACUUCAGUCCCUAUUACAGUCGCCAGUACUCCGUGGCUUUCUGCAACCACGUACGCAGUGAAGUAGAGCAGCAAAGAGAUUCAACAUCACAAUUUUUGAAGACCAAGCCGCCGCUGGAGCCUGGAACUGUUUUGUAUGAAGGAGAACUGUUACAGUUUGCUGAAGACAUAAAGAAAUGGAGAGAGAGAUACGUUGUGGUUAAAAAUGACUUUGCUGUGGAAAGCUACGAGAACAGAGAGGCCUAUCAGAAAGGAGCUCCCCCUAAAAGCCGAAUUCUUCCAGCUGGUGGCAAGGUGCUAACCUCAGAAGAUGAAUACAAUUUAUUAUCUGAUCGGCAUUUCCCAGACCCUAUUGCAUCCAAUGAGAAGGAGAACACGCAGCCCUUUGUGGUCCUACCCAAGGAAUUCCCAGUGUACCUGUGGCAGCCCUUCCUCAAACACGGCUACUUCUGCUUCCAGGAUGCCGCUGACCAGAAGAAGUUCAGUGCUCUCCUGAGUGACUGCAUCAGACAUCUAAAUCAUGAUUACAUGAAGCAGACGACAUUUGAAGCCCAAGCCUUUUUGGAAGCUGUUCAAUUCUUUCGACAGGAGAAAGGACACUAUGGCUCGUGGGAAAUGGUCACUGGGGAUGAAGUCCAGAUCCUGAGUAACCUGGUGAUGGAGGAGCUCAUGCCAACCCUUCAGACAGACAUCCUGCCUAAAAUGAAGGGGAAGAAGAACGACAGGAAGAGGGCCUGGUUUGGGCUCCUCGAAGAGGCCUACCACCUGGUUCAGCAUCGAGUUUCAGAAGGAUUAAGCGCCUUGAAGGAGGAGUGCAGGGCUCUGACGAAGGGCCUGGAAGGAACCAUCCGUUCAGACAUGGAUCAGAUUGUGAACUCAAAGAACUUCUUAAUUGGAAAGAUCAAAGCGAUGGUGGCUCAGCCAGCGGAGAAAAGCUGUGCAGAGAGUGUGCAGCCGUUCCUGGGGUCCAUUCUGGAGGAGCUGAUGGGACCCGUAAGCUCGGGAUUCAGUGAACUGCGCUCACUCUUUGAAAAAGAAGUGGAUGAACUUAGCCAGAGCUUUCAGACCACCAAAGACAGUACCCAGCUAAAGGAGCAUCUAGAGCAGCUUAUGGAUCUUCCGCUGGAUUCCGUGAAGAUGGAGCCUUGUUACAAUAAAGUCAACCUGCUUCAGGAGCAUCUUCAGGAUCUCAAGAGCCGCUUCAGGUUCCCCCACAUCGAUCUGGUGGUCCAGAGGACGCAGAACUACAUGCAAGAGCUGAUGGAGAAUGCAGUAUUCACUUUUGAGCAGUUGCUUUCCCCACAUCUCCAAGGAGAGGCCUCCAAAACCACAGUCGCCAUUGAGAAGGUUAAGCUCCGAGUCUUAAAGCAAUAUGAUUAUGACAGCAGCACCAUCCGGAAGAGGAUAUUUCAAGAGGCGUUGGUUCAAAUCACACUUCCCACCCUGCAGAAGGCACUGGCAUCCGUGUGCAAACCAGAGCUUCAGAAAUAUGAGCAGUACAUCUUUGCGGAUCACACCAAUAUGAUCCAUGUUGAAAAUGUCUACGAGGAGAUUUUACAUCAGAUCCUCCUAGAUGAAAGUCUGAAAGUGAUAAAGGAGGCUGCUAUCCUGAAGAAACACAAUUUGUUUGAAGACAACAUGGCCUUGCCCAGUGAAAGUGUGUCCAGCCUCACUGAUCUAAAAACUCCUGCGGGGUCAAACCAGGCCAGCCCCGCCAGGAGAGCCUCAGCCGUUCUUCCCGGAGUUUCAGAGAGUGAGAUCCUGAGUAAUGAGGUGUUCCAGGAGGCAGGGGAGAUGAAACAGCCAGAGGUCCCUAGUCCAUUGGCCAGAGAAGAAGGCCUUUCCCUCCCUGUGUCCAGCCCUCCCCCAGAUGGGGACAGGCAGGUCAUUGAUUCGAGUAUAGAUGGCCCGGUUGUGAAUCUGGUGGCUACAGAGGUGACAGCAGGCGCCCUGGGCACACACUUGUCACAGCCGGAGUUGGAAGAGACUCCUGAGGACCGAGAACCCACCCAGGAAGAUGCAGAGCCCAGCUCUGCCGCAGGCUCUUUGAAGGAGCUCAGAAAUUUGCUGACGGUGACCGCCGAAGUAACAGAGGAGUCCGCUGUGCUUGAGGUUGAGAAAGAUACACAUGAGGAGGCCCUUGUUCCCCAAGAUAUUGAAAAAGAAGAGGAAGCCACCCAAAUCGACACAGAGGCCAGUCAAGCAUCUGCCUCGGGUCAGGACAACUGUGAAGAAAGUGAAGUCAGUGAGGGGGAGGCCCAUGGUCCAGCUCCCAAGGCCGAGGCCAGCGGGGUGGAGCUGGGAGAAUUUCCAGAUGCUCAGCCAACCUGCGGGGGGCUCAGUGAGGGGGCCCGGGGCCCAGACCCCACAGAGGAGCCGGGAGAGGCGGGAGAGCCCGCUGAGAGUGAGCUCACAGGGGAUGCCUCUGGACUGGGCACCCUUGAAGGAGGAGGGCCCGUGUGCUCUGUGGAGGCUGAGGCUGUGUCCCUAGAAGCUUGCGUGUUCCAUUCUGACCCCAUCAGCCCCAGGGAGAGCCAGGUUUCUGUGGAAGAAGAGGCGGUGGGCGGGAGCUGCAGCACAGCCCAGCCUGCCACCAGUGAGGAUGCCCAGGAGAGGAAGGCCUACCCCGUUCACGAGUGUCAGUGGGUGGUGGAGAAUGUUGCAAACACCGAUACCCUAGAUACACAGAGAGAAGACCCCCCAGAGCCCCCUUCAGAGGAGUGAAAGGGACAGCGUGGCCAGUCUUUCUUGGAACAAACUCAGCCCAAAGGGGGAGGGGGGGGUGCCUGCAAGUUGUUACCAAAAAAAAAAAAAAAAAAAGCAUGAAGUACUUCUUUAAUUUGUAUAAUGAAGCUAGAGGGAAUUGCACACGGGGUAGGAGCACUGAGGCAAGCCUUUGUGGAAUGGAACUGUCCUCCCAUGAAUUACGGCUUUAGCAUUUGAAUAAGAAUUACAAAGGUAAUGGCGUGGGGUGGGGGGGUGGUGAGAGGCAGCUGAGGGGCCCAGGGUGGGACGGGGCUGCGGGGAAGGCAGAGGAGACAGCCGGGCACCCUGCACACUCUCUUCUAAUGCACUUUAAGGCUUCUUCAUGUUCGGUGAGAAUGCGAAGGUAGAUCCUGUAAUCCAGCUUCACCGUUCGUCCACAGCCCGGCUGCAGGAAAGGGAGAUGGUGCGCGCUGGCCCCUCCUGCCUGCUGUGUGCGCCCCACAGAGCCUGAGCGAUCAGCCUGAGACAUCUCAGGAAGGCUGAGCGGAAACAGAGCGAGGCUGUGGUCUGGGGGCUGGCUGGGCCUCUUACUAAUGCCGCUAUCAAUUUCCUACUAAUUCAUCUUGCUAAUUCUUAUUAAUUAAUCACUUUUUGGAGAACAUCAGAUGAGGCAAGGAAAUUUCUUUGGCAUGUUUAAGUCUGAAAGCCUUCCAAAUUAGCCUUAGACUGUGCAGAGAAAGAGCUUAGCUAAAUUAUCAAGCAUAAAGCCGACCAAUUAAACAUUAUUUGAACAGCUAUUCUAUGACACAUGCUGUGUUAGGCAUAGUAACAAAAAAGAACAAAAAAAAAAAAAAAAAGAAAGAUUAGGUGCUUGUCUAGCAUAAAUGGAAGGAUCCAAAGGAAUUUAAUCUGAAAGAAAAAAAUAUAUACUGAUUUUCAAAACAUGACAACUUUCUUUCUUUCCAUUGAAACAGUCCUGGUUUAUUCGCAGGAGGGAAUAAAGUGAAUAAGUGAAUAAAAGGAGAAAGAAAAGAGGGAAGUAAAAGGGAGAGAGAAAGGAAGAAGAGAGAAACCAAGCUAUAGAUCAUUAAGUUCCAAAGAUGUUACCAACAAUGGAAAUUAUUUGCUCAGUUGUUCAGCAAAUUGAGUCUCGUUAUGUCCCAGGCACUGAUACUGUACUGAAAAUGGCUCUGUUCCUUUCUCCCAAAACCUGCUUUAAUGGAAAUAGAUGGAAAUACAUCUUCUGAAUGGAUCAUGACCUUUA